AUGAGAAAGCGAAAUCCUUUGACAGAAUUGGAAGCAUGCGGUAUAAAUCCAAAUAUUGAAGAUUUUUUACAACAUGAAAUUAUAGUUUAUACUAGAAAGAAAAAACGCCAGCGCCGAAGUACAUAUCCACUUGAAAAUUUAUUGUAUAAUAUAAACAUGGCUAACCAAGAAUCUAAAACCCAAGAUAUUGACCCAAUUUGUAUAUGUGAUCAGACACGUAAGUGUCCUUGCUUCGCAUGUGAGGAGGAAAUCAAUCGCCGGGUUAAGAAAGAAUUAGAUAUUUUAUGUCAGCGAUUACUGGAAUAUAACGAAAAAACCUUCGGCAAAUUUAUUCGAGAAAUGACUAUGGAAUAUGAGGAUUGGGUCAAAGCCAAUAAAAAAUUGCGAGAUGAAGUUGAAGAGAAAAAGAUAGAAUUACGAGAGGCGGAAAAAUUUCUUAAAUAUCUGAAAUCACGUACUUAUUAG